AUGAAUGUGCAGUUGGAGAUAUUUUCGUACUUGGAUUGGGAAGAUAUCCUCUCCGUUCGUCUGGUGAGUCGACGAUGGCGGGAGUUGGCGGAUUUUCAAUUCGAAGAGAAAGGAAAGAUCGUGUGCGACGCCUCGUGGAACUUGGACGUGGUGGGGAUACUGCAUAGGCUAUGGUCGUGGCACGUGGUGCCGCGGUCCUUGGUGUUCAAGAACGUGGCGCUCAAUCGGGCGGUGUCGAGAGAAGGGGAGGAGGUGAUGGAGAGAUUGAGGGAGAUGGCGUUGGUGUCGUGUGCGAUUCAACCAGAUGCGUUGGUGAGGCUGUUGGGAGCCUGUUCGAAGCUGAAGAGGCUGUGCUUGGACGAACCGGGCGUGUCCUUUCUGUGCCUUCUGCUGAAAUUGAUGCCAGGGUCUCUGCCGUCGGUGACUAGGUUGGAGUUGAGGUCGACGCGUCGGCUCGACGAUUCGUUGCUGUCGGUGUUUUGGCAAGCCUGUCCCAAUCUCAUGGAGUUUUCCCUCUCCUCCUCGAAUUUUACCCCAAAUCCAGCCAUAUUUAAUAGCUUCUAUUCCAAAGGUUCAGAGGAGCCGUCGCGAUACGUGCUAACAAUGGGUCAUCUCGAAUGUCUCCUGCGUUCCAAGGAGAGGUUUCGUUCCCUCGCGCUCACUCAGAUGAACUUGGACUCAUCCUUGCUGGUCAAUAUCCUAUGCGAAUCGUCCAUCGAUCUCUGCUUCCUCGACCUGAGCGGCUGCAAGGAAGUCUCGUCGGGAUGUUUGACGGAGAUCGUCGAGAAGCAGAAGUCGCUCCCGGAGUUGCGACUCGUGGAGACCAGCGGCGUCGACGAUGCGGUUCUCUCCAAGAUCUGUAACCUCACUUUCUUGGAGGAAUUGUGGAUCGGGGAUGUGUCUGUGUCAUUCUCGAAGGAUGUCCUCGAGGGACUUAAUCGUCUUUGGGACUUGAAAAAUCUUCAUGUUCCCUGCUACGGUGAAUUGUGCUUGGGAAACAGGGAACAACUGAAGUUCUUAUCCCUUGAGUAUUGUCGCCUGACACCCAAUCUCGAGCAGAUUUGCGAACCUCAGCAGUUGAGGGAACUGUGCCUCGAGCAUUGCUUUUCGGUCACAGAUUCAGAUAUGCGAAUGCUCCUGGACUCUUUGGUGAACCUGGUCGUUCUGAGGCUUGAAGACCUUCCACUCACGGACUUUGCUUUCUUUUGUAGUGCGAAUUCUUCUUGUACUGGGCUCGGAGGAAUCACUUUUUCUGCAUUGAAACUCAAGCUAAGGGAAUUUUUGGAGGCAAGCGUGAAAAGCGUAGCUGAAAGACGCUUCGUGAGGGAGAUGAAGGCUCACGUAACAUCGGAGGAGCUGCUGCUGUCCGCCUGCAGCGACCUGGACUCUCCCUUGAGGAAGUUGAAACGGCUGAAGGAGCUGGUGUUGAAGAAGAUGAAAAAUGUCUCGGACGUGAACGUCAUAUUAGGGAUUCGAGACCAGGGUCUUACUCAUCUCGAUAUAUCGCUUUCUCCUCUGCUUCGACUCCAGAGUGGAACUACUUCAAGCCCUAAAAAAUUUGCCAAAAACUCUGGAGGAUAUUAUUCUCUUGCUCAUUCAGAGAAUCAGGAUUCCACCACGAUGUACCUAACCGACAAUAGGUGCUGA